AUGUUUUCCUUCAAGAAGAAGGACAAGGAUAGGGAAAAAGUUAUCGAGACGAAAGAAGAACGAAAGGAAAGGAGAAAAAAAGAGAAGGAUAACAAAAACAAAACUGAUCGCAAAGCUCAUGGCGAACUAGGGAACAUAGUUGCUGGCUCUGAGGAGGAGAGACGAGGGCGAUUUAGUUUUAGAAAACAGGAUAAACGAAGGUACGAUGUUGAGCACGAUUAUGACCAAAGAAAUCCAUCGCCUGGAACUGAGCAUCUUGAUUUGUAUGGCAGGAAAGGUCGUUCGAGUAGCACCGAUACAACUGGUAGUACAACUAGCGGUUCGGCCAUUCCUUCUCCAUAUUUGUACGGAUCUUCUACUAAUGUUUCAUCUAACGCAGUUUUUUCCGAAGCGGUUCCGCAAGCAAAUCGUAGACAUGUAGACGAUGAAAAGCAAGAAGUUUCGGAAGUCGGGAAACCUGUCCCGAAACCACGAGUGAAGAGAAAGAAGAGCUCGAGUAUUGAAAUCAAGUUGCAAAGUCCGAACCGGCAGAGUUACGAGUCUCAAGAUCGAGAAAAGACAACGAACGAGGAGGAGGGACGAAACCACAGAGCCGAAGUUAAUGGCAAUUCUUCAAUUAAUGCGAAGUCUUCUGAUGAAGGUAUAUCUGCUUCGUCGAUGAACGAUAAGCAUGUUUUGACCGAUAGCGCUCCACCUAAACCUCCGCGUAUUUUAGCGGAUCGCGCUGGUGUGGUUGAGUUCGAAGUCAAGCUGAUCAAUGUUGGUUCCGAAAACGAUCGAAACAAGGCUAAUUCUCAACGAUCCAUGGAAGUUGAUCGACCUAUCACUGCUACAAGCUCUGUGCAGUCUUUCGCCGGUCCACCAAGCGAUCCGAAAAUUGUUUUGCCACCAAGAGAUCUGAACAUUUCCUCGCCGUCGAUUCUGUCUCCUACUGAUAAAACUUUGGAGGAAAUGGGGGUCGAUUUGCAGCUACCGGAAGUGAAGCCAGCCAUUUCUGGUAUUGCAAGGGUGAUAAAAUUAAAAAGGCGCUCUAGCGGUGAUUUUGGGUUUGCUCUGAGGAGAGCUAAUGCCCCUGGAAGCGGAAAAACUGUUCACUUUGUGGAACCCGUUGGCCCAAAUAGCACACCGGGUUUGCUACCAGGAGAUCGACUCGUAGAAGUCAAUGGAAUCAACGUUGAAAAUGAACCGAGAGAGAAGAUUAUCGAGAUGAUUGUUAUGUCGGGAGAAGAGGUCGUUAUUAAAGUUAUCCCAGUACCGGAACUUUCAGAAUUGAGCGUGAGAAGUGGUUUGGAUGGAUCGACUGUUCAACUUGACGAGUCGAAUCUCAAGGCCGGAACUCUGGCUCGGAGUGGAAGCAAAAGAAUUAAAAAGAAGGUGAGUACAUUUCUUUAAUUUAGUUCAAGUAAAAUUGCUGAUAAUAGAAUGUACUAAUGGAGUUCUGAGGUAAAUAUGUUAUAGCCUUCAUUUGUGUACUUUGUUGCCUACGCUCUGUUGAUAUUCCUGUCAACUGUAUUUCUGAAUGUCAAGGUCGUUGAUCGCUUGGAAUUUAACCAUGUGAUAAUUUGCAUGUUCUGACUAUUAUGACAAAACAUCCCAGCGGUCGAUAUUCCAAUACCACAUCCUGAAAUAGUAUUAGUAAAGCUCUGUUUAGUUUGAGGUAUUCGCCUCUGAUCUUGUUUGAUUUUCACUGUUUGCAAUGCAUCAGUGGUUCAAAUUUGCAUUAGAAUAGGUUUCCUUGUUAAAAUUUUAUUAGAGUUAAUUACUGCAUAGUGUAAAAUGUAUAGGACUUCCUUCAUUUGACAAAGAAUCACGUGAAAUUAAGUCCGUGAGCUUUGUUCCCUGUUUUAAAAACAUACCACUUUGACAUGGAAUAAACACGGCCUUGUCAAAACAUGGAUAUUGCCCAGUACAAGAUUCCGAUCGCCAAGAAAUAUAUUAAGUCUCUGUUUACAGGAGUUCUGCUAGGAAUGUCACAGCAUGAAUAUUCUUUUGGGCCAAUUUGGGUUUUCGAAUUUUACUUUGGUAUCUUAAAAUUACUUUAACCAACUAAUCCAAAGGAAAUUUUGUUCCAAUUUUUUUGCUGCUGCUCUCAAAUUGCUCUCUGUUGUUUUUGUCAACAUUCUUAAGAUAUAGUAAUUUUACAAGGUGUCUAUUGUUUGAAAGAAAGUGAGUUUGAUCAAGUUAAGGAAUUAAUUGCUUUUUUCUUGUGUGCAUCCCUUAAGGCUGAGUGGAUUAAAAUGGAAAACCCCACUGUUUGAUUUGAUACAUGCUAAGUGUUGAUUAUGAUAAUUUAGGUAAUUCGGGAGUGAUGUUUGCUAUGACACAACUUUUUGUUGAAAAUAUUUCAAGAAAUCAGAAUAAGGGUAUUAAGGAUAUACAAUAAACCUUCUCAAUUACUGUUAAUUGCAUUAAUUCUUACAUUCUUUUACUUAAGUAUCUUAUCAUGGAUUUGUAUUAGGAAGAAUUACAUCCAAUAGCUUUGCUUGUGACAGCUUCUGUUUGCAUAAUGGUGAAGCAGGAGGUGGAAAGGCUAUAAAUAUUUCAUAGAUUCUAAAUGAUUUGGUGUUUACUAUGCUGAAAUUGAGAUGCAGAACUAUUAAGUAUCUUGUGAUGGAACCUCCCUUAAAAUUUAAGGUUUGCUUGAAUAUAAUCGCUAUCUUAAUGUGAUUGGAACAUGAUUUAGGAUUUUGAGAGGUUUUUUUUUUCAUUAUCAACAGACAUGUAUGUGUAGUAGAACCACAUUAUUUAUACCUUUUCUAAUAGAAAGAUGGGGUAAUAACCUUGAGAAAGUGAGGAAGUUUUUAAAGUGAUUCUUAUCUUGGUGUUUUGUUUCAAUUUGGAAGUUAUGUUUAUAUGUUUUCCUGGAUGAGUUAUUUGGUGUAUGUAAUGGAUUGAAAUAUUAGUGUAUGUUAUGGCUACUGGUAGAUUCUAAGUCGAAAAAAUUCUCUAAUGUCUCCACUUUAAUCUCUUUUUACUUCCCAGCCCAAAUCAGAGGAGGAGGUGAACUCACAGAAAGCUUGGUUAGAUGCUGAGAAAGUGUGGGUUGUUCACAAGGCAGGGUUUUCCGGUGGAAGAGUACAGAAGAUUAAAGAGCAGAGGCAAGAAGAUGAAACCCCUAUGUGUAAAGUGAAGUUAGAUCAUGGUGGUGAAAUUAUUUCUAUUGAAGAGGAUAGUGUUGAAAAGGUUUGUUUAGUAUAUUUUUUUACAGUUUUCAUUUGCUUUUUUUUUGGGGGUGACCUCAGCCUUUUUAUCAGGCUCAUUGCUACUGGAGACAUGGGAGACAUAGUCACAUAGUUGUGUUGUGCUCCAGCUGAAUUAUUGUGUUGUGUUCUCGGGCUAGAUGCUUUGCACCUAUAGUUUCUUGCUUUAUUCAGGCCUGGGUUAUAUUAAGGGUGGACAACCUAAUUAACAGCCUCUAUUCCAUGAAUGGUGCAGUACAUUUUGUUAACACCUCUUGGUUGGGUAGUGAUUUACCCACUUGAUAGUUUUAUCCUCCCUUUUGAACAACUGGGCCAGGGAGUCUUAAUGGCUACAGGCUUACUGUUGGGGGGGUAACCUGGACUAGCAUCCCAUCUUUAACCCUUUAACUACCAGGUCAAAUGUGUAAUUCUCCUUACUGUCAACCAUACAAUUCUUAUUAUGUUAGUUCAGAGAAUUUAGUAUUGGAUCAAUCAAUUAUCCCCAAAUUGAUCUUUUUCUUUAUUCUCAUCACUUAGCUGGUUGAUAUUGUAUAGAUAAUUUAUUUUAAUUAAAGAGAAAUCCUGUCUUGGUCAUUCAUAGGAGUUUAAGUGUUAAGGUAGACACUUGCUCCAAGUUGUUGUAGCUAGAAGAAUGUAGGAUAAGUAGCAGUUAUAAGCCUCUUUUUGGCCUAAUGUAAACAUAAUGGCAAUUACAUGUAUGUUGGAAGAAAGUCUACUACAUAGUAGAAUAUUCAUAUUUAUUUAUUCACUUUAGGCAAAUCCCCCUCAGUACGACAGAGCAGAAGAUCUUGCUUCCCUGCGUUACUUAAAUGAAUCAAGCUGCCUACACACCUUACGGCAACGGUUUGGCAGUAACCUUAUUCACACCUACGCUGGACCCAACUUGAUAGUUGUUAACCCCCAGCAGGAGUUGGCCAUUUAUACUGACAAGGUACUCAAGAAGCUUUAUAAAUGCCCUAUUGAGCUCUUAACCCUUUAAUUCCCAGAUUGAAUUUGUAAUUCUCCUUACUGUCAACCAUACAAUUCUUAUAAUACUAGUUCAGAGAAUUUAGUAUUGGGUCAUCUAAUUAUCCCCUAUUUGGUAUUUUUCUUUAUUCUCGUCACUUUUCUGGUUGAUAUUGUAUAGAUGUUUCAAGGAGAAAUUCUCUCUUGGUGUAAUGGGAGUUAAAGGGUUAAAAAGUAACCUUGGAAGUUCAAAAUGCUGGUGUCAAUACUUUGUACACAAGAAGCUGUUGUGAAUCUCAUGCUGGUUGAAGAAACCAGAGAGUAACCUUGAAAAGCAAUGCCAGAAAUAUUGGAUGAAAAUGAAAGGGAGUUGUUCAGUUUGAAAACUUCCCCACAGAUGUAAAUGUUUGAAAAUGAUAAUUUUUUUUCCAUGGCUAUCAGUCUUGUAUGGUUAAUAUAAAGUAACCUCCCAGAUCGUUUAAUUCCCUAUUUUUAUCUGGUAUAUUUUCAUACAUGUAGCUAUGGCAACAGCAAAGAGAACAAAAUGAUAGGAAAAACCUAACCUGAGUUGCUGAACAUGCAGUCUGAGCACUCUUGCUAACUGUUUGUGGAAUUUCAAACAGGUGAUUCAGAUGUUCCGUGGCUGUAAACAGGAAGACAUGCCACCGCACAUCUUUGCUGCUGCACAGUCAGCUUAUAGAAACAUGUUGGCAACAAGGAUGGAUCAGUCAAUUGUACUAAUGGGACACAGUGGCUCAGGGAAGACUGUCAAUGCCAGACACAUCAUGCAUUAUUUGGCAGCUGCUGCCAGUUCUCCUCACUCUGCACUUACAGGUGAAAUUAAGUUCUCUCUCUUCCUACCCAUCCACCCAACUCCCAAGAUCCUCAAAUCAAUUCUUCUUAGUCUUUGUCACACAUUUUGUGUUAUUGAAGGUUUGAGAAUUUAGUGUUAAAUCAAACUAGGUCUUUCAGUGGAUAAUUAAUUUUUCUCUCCUCUCAUCACUUUUCUGUUUGAUAAUGUUGUGCUUUCAUAAGAAGAAAUUACUUAGUGGUCCUGUUGUAAGUGAAAGGGUUAAGAGGUCAUGUUAGAUUAGGUCAGUGUUUAUAUGGUUCAACCUUGGCACCUGAAAAAAUGUCUGUUUCUGACUAAUGAGAGGUUUAAAAAAUGAUAUUUUUUAUAAGGAUGGAACUUUACCUUGCUGUGUUUCUCUUUUAAUUUUUUUGAUGGAAACCAUACCUCUACUGGAGGUCUCUGCAAGUAGAUAUUUGCCUCAGUGUGAAUGUUGUGAUUUUCCUAUAUCUUUUAUUCAACAUACAUUUCCACUUUUUUUGUACAUGUGCAUAUAAAUUCAUAAUUAUGUAAAAGUAGCAAUGAACUCUUAAAGUGAGGAUAAAACUUGCCAACAAUGCAGAAAUGCUUAACCUCUUAAACAACAGAAGGUAGUGUGGUCCAAUUUUUGUAUUAUACUUUACUAUAUUAAACAUAUUAUUUAAUUAAUGUAAUCCUGAUUGGACAUACAAUGUAGACAUUGCUUAGUGUUCCUUGAUGAAAUGGUAUUAUUAAUAGCUGAUUGUUGGUGCCUUCUCUCCAAGGCAACAGAAUGCUUCUGUUCUCACACAUACACGAUCUUUCUUUUGAUCCCCUUCUCUAGACCAAAAGCUUGAAGCUAUCUAUGCUCUACUGGAGGCCUUUGGCAAUGUGACCACCCCAUUAAAUCACAAUGCAUCAAGGUUCACUCUGUUGUUCAACAUGGAUUUUGACACAGCAGGGCUUUUGACAAGUGCUUCAGUUCAGGUCAGUGAGAAAAGGCACUGUUAUUAAAGCUGCUGAAAAGUAAAACAGUGUGUUUUCCCUAUGUGCGCAUUAUCUAGCAAAGAAGGACCAAAGUAGAUUUAAAGAAGGUCCUUUGAGAAGUGCACACUACUUAGUAGUGAUAUUUCAAUCAUUCCUUGGAGUGGUCAGUGUGACAUAAUAGUCUGUCUACAUUUGUUAGGCUCACUACCUUUUCUACAUGUUCUGCCCGUGGUUAAACUUUUCUUACAUCUACUUGUGUACAAAUGAAAGUUAAGUUCAAAAGCAAAGGAGCAGUAGUCCAGCGCACUUGAUGGAUCUGCAAAAAUCUUGCUCCUCCUAAGAUCAACUGCAAAUUGUACUAUAUUGUAAUAUAUGAAAAGCUGAAUGUUCAUUUUCAUGCACAACAGUUAACCCUUUAAACCCUAAGAGUGACUAGCAUCUAAUUUCUUCCAACAAUAUUACUCCUGAAUCUCACAUCAAGAUCAUGAGAAUGAAGGAAAUGAUCACCAAGGAGAGAACCUUUUGAUUGGCAAACAGGUUCUCCUUGUCAGCACCCCAGGAAAUGUAGAAAGAACAGUGUAGAGAAUAUUCAUACUGAUGGUAGGGUGUAAAGGGUUAAUGAGUAGUUCUCUCUUCUAUAUGUUGGAUGAGUGUGGAGCAACCUUAGGAAUGUCCCUUACCAAACUUUGUCACUAUUGGUUGUUCCAGGCAUUUCUCUUAGAGAAGUCCAAAGUUGUCAGGCAGUCAGAGGAGGAGAGCACUUUUAAAAUCUUCCACUAUUUGGUGUCAGGAUGUGAUCCAAAACUGAGGUAAACAGCAUGUAAUUGAUGCUAAGCAUAUUUUGAGUGACAGAGAAAGGUUCUUUGUUUCCAACUCAUUUUUACCCAUAACUUUACUCAAAAAGAUGGGAAAAAACAAGGGUAAUAUUGAAUCAUGAAAUACUUUAUACAUACACAAGUUGUAUCAAUACCCUUAAAUAGCACAGCUUCAGCCACGUGUAUCAGGGGCAUGGUAGGAAAUGUUUUCAGAGGAAAAUUUGUACUUGAUAGGUGGGUACCUAGAGCCAUAUCUGAGCCAUUUGAGAGAUUAAACAGAAUUUUUGAGCUGGGAAAUUCAUGUUGAUAGCCAAGUAUUUUCCCCAAUUUCCAAUCAUUUUCAACAGUAUUAAAAAAAUUUAUGUGAUUGCUUUGAACAGAAAGGAACUACAGCUGGAAGCAAAAAUGAGUGAAACGAAUGAGUUUAUGCAAACAUUUGAUCCCAAGGUAGAGUGAGACAUGAGUUACUUUUAUUACUCUUUCAAUGCUUUUAUAUAUGCAGAGCCUCUUGUUUGAGAGAUGGCUGUCGAAAUUGUCUGAUCUUAAUCAAUAAAUAGACCUUUUGAAAACCAUUGUAUCACAGUAGAGCAUGUUGUAUUUGUAAGGUGAAGCACUUGACCUCAUCGCCUGACAAAUACCAGCAGUUGUUAUGUCAUGAUUAGCAUUGGAAGUGACCACAUCAUGAGAUAAACGUUAACUGUGUCGUAAUUGUCGGUUUAAGAAUGAAUCAUCGACAAUCCACCUGUGCCCUGUUGCCCGAUGUUUUGUAGCAGUCAUAACAUAAUAGUGACUCUUUAUCUGGUGAAGCAGAUGUUUUUAAAAGUCUUGUACUUAUUGAAGGCGUCUUUUUCUACAGUCAUCAGAUGAUCAGAUGCUCUCUGAUAAGUGGACAGAGAUUGAGUUUGCUCUGCAGAUGCUGGGUAUCUCUGAGGAAGAAGCAAAAGGCAUUUGGGCCAUCUUGGCUGCAAUCUGUCAUCUGGGAUGCGCAGGGGUUGCAGUUGGUAAGUGCAUCAUUCAGUUACGUCUGGAACCUACGGAUCCAUUGGAAAUGUUGCUCAUUGUAAAACAUAAUUAUUUAUGUCAGCUGUGUUUCACCUCAGAAUGUUUUGUGCACUUGUUAGAGGUUAAAGCUAUAUGAAUUUGGGUAGGCAGCAGUUUGUGUGUUAGAUCAGUUGGUCAGUUACUCAGGCAGGCAGCCAGUCAGUCAGUAUGUUAGUUAGUCAGUCAGUUUGUCUGUCAUUCUCUCUGUUUGUCUGACAGUCAGUCAGUCAGUCUUUCAGUUUGUCUGAUAGUCAGUCAGUCUUUCAGUUUGUCCAACAGUCUGUCAGGUAGUGAGUCGAUCCGUCUAUCAACCAAUCUGUAUUCAAUGGUAGUUUGCUUGUACAAACAAAUAAAUAUUCGUGGUUACUGACUUCCUUAUGGCUUUCCAAGAUUUUUACUAAAACGCUCUGAUUACAUCUCUGCAGGUGCAGAUAACAAACCCCACUUCGCCAACCCAGCAGCAGUACAAAGAGCUGCGAGUGUCCUUGGUACCACCAAGGAGGACAUCACUGAGAUCAUCUUCGCUCCUCCAAUUGUCAAUCAGUUCACCGUAAGAAUGCGCCGCCAAAGCCAGUCCAGAAAUGAUCUGAGUCCGUCCAGUUCUGCUGAUAAUACUCCCGAGAGGCAAGCUAGAUCUACAGCGGUUCAGUACAUCGAGGCGUUGGAAGGGUUUGCCAUGGGACUCUACCAGGAAGCGUUUGCUGCCUUGAUUAGGUUCAUCAACAGGUAAAGGAAAGAUAAACGAGUAAAGUGUAUCUGUUGCAAAUAAUCCCUGAAUGUAAAACAGAUCUAACACUUAUGUAUUGAGACGAGAGUGAAGGCAGACUCUUGAAGUGUGGGGUUUUUCAGUUCAGGUUUAUGCGAGGGUUGAUCAGCGGAAAGAGUGGAUACCUUACCAAAUGGAACACAGCGGUCCAAAUGUCAGGCAUGCGCGAGGGGAUCAAUUCUGGCCUGCCGCACGCCAAUUUUUCCCGCGCAAAUUUUAAAGGAAAACGUAAAACGUACAAAACAGCUGCUGUCUCGCAAAGUAAGCGAAAGAAAAUUGAAACGUUCAUGGAAAUUUGUUAAAGAAACCAAAAUUAGGGAGAGGAAAAAUUCGAGACUCGUCGAACACCAAGCUAAUUCAAGUAGGCGCAUUCUGUUUAUUUACGUAUCUGUUAUCAAAAAAGUUACACGCUUACUGAGUUGUGUGGUUUUUUGUAACUCGUGUGAGACAACUUGGUUGUGAAACCCUGAAAGCACGUCACCUACUCAAUACAACGUCCGCACAUGCGCAGAUGUUUGACCGCUGUGUUUCAUCCAAUACAGGAUCAAAAUGACAAACAGACUAGAACGACUCUUUAAUCAUCUUUCUCUGUCAGAUCUCUUCAAUGUAAUGUUCGGACUGUGACAUCAAUGCACGUGCUGGACCCGCCAGGUUUCCAGAACCCGGCAUCAGUCGGCAAGACCGAUGGUGCUCUGUUUGAUGACUUAUGUCAUAACUACGAGUAUGAGAGGCUUCAAAAGUUCUUCCACGACACAGUGUUCAGUACUCAGAUGGAACGAUACUCACAGGUACUUAUUUAUUUUACAUAACAGAAUGCUUGAUAAGGCGUCUCAAAACGAAAAUAAAAAUACUAGUAAUCACAGUCAUGUAGGAUAUGUACUGUGCAGUCUUCCGUUUUAAAAAACCCAUUUGGAUUCACAUAACAGAUGUUUACUAAUCAAAUUUGACUUUACAGGAAAACAUAGAUUGUAGUUAUGAAAGUGUGGCAAGCUCUCCUGAUCCUGUGGUGUCCGUCUUUGAUAGAGCUGCUCAAGGAGUGGUAUGUACAUAAUGCACAUCAUAUUUCAGUUGCCCUAUAUGUAAUUUAGCAUUUCAGUUCUUCUCUUUUCUCGUUGUUGUUAAUACAAAGGAGCCAUCGAACCUCAGAAGUUUCUUUUUAGCGUCCCGUAGCGCUUGAAGAGUGUGAUACUUGGAAUUCGGACGCUAUUUCCGCUUCUUUUUCACGUCCAACCAUGCCGGCCAACGCUUAAGUGGUCAAUGUUGCAUUGUGGCUUUGUGUAGUUUUCUUUGCUGCCGUUGUUUAGGAUUUCACGCUAGCGUUUUGUGACAUGCACACGAACGGCUGCAAAUUCACUUUAAACUCUUUCGCAUGCAAGGUCGCUCAAGAAUUUCUGUAUUAUGUCGGAAGAUCUUUCGCAGUAGGUACAUGUGUGUCAAUGUCACGCUUUCUGUGUCUCUUGUGUGAUUCUGAUAUCUGCUUUUACUAAAAAUAUUACUUAAUGAACAGCACGCAAUCUUCGUAAAAUUUUUUGAGGCUCUCCUUUGCUUGUGUUUUCUUUAGACUCGAGGUUCUACCCUGGACCUAAAAAGUGAACAGAAGGGUUUGUUAUGGAUCUUAGACGAAGAAUCAAUCUUCCCGGGAGCAAAUGACAGCAGUUUCUUGGCGCGGCUCUAUGUGCAUCACUGCAAUGAUAGUAAGUUUAUUUUCCUCCAACCGUUCUUCAGUUCUAAAAGAAUUGCCUGGGCUCUAACAGCUUGUUCUUGUUUCCUUUAGAAGACACGUGGGUCAAACAGGGGUCGCUCAAAGACACAUUCUACAUUAACCACUGCCAGGGUAACUUACCUGUACUCUACAAUGCUCAGGGCUGGCUUAAAGUCGCCAGGGAACAUGCUGCCGUCAAGCAGGCCCAUCCAAUCCUGGCUGAAUCCUCAAAGUAAGUACUUCACCUGGUUCUCAGAAUCUCCGUUUAUAUGCAAGCUUGAAAGUCCUGAAAGGCCAAUUUACGUUAUUAACGUAGUUGAUAAUACUAAAUUACCCUGUUUUACUCUCCCAUCGACGCAGCACCACGGUUUCUUUAGAAAUUUACCCCCUUUAUUCACUUCUCCAAAAUAGCUGCUGGAAAAGAGAACUCAAUGUUUUACAAAGGUACAGGAAAUUUGCACGGUGCUGUUACUACCACGAUCCAUAUGACCGGAAUAGCCCUGCCAGCGUUGCAAACGUCUGAAAAAGUGAUCAAAACCAAACUUCAUCUCUGCGAUAAUUUUUAGUCUAUUAACUCUUAAUAAAUGCUAAUUCGUACUAUUUGGACAUUAUUCUUUCUUAAUUCGAGAAGUUAACUAUUUUUCGGCAAUUUUAGAAGGUUUUAUGACAUACCAGCUCGUGCUCGCUGUAGGUGCAAGCACCAGCACAAUACUUUCACUCGGAAAGCUGAUUUUCAACUGUGUUGUUUGACUUGUAGAACUUACUUGAAUGAGAUGUUUUCGCGACACCGUUCGGCUGCAGAGGGAGUGACUCGAUCCCGGAGCCUGAAGAAAACUCUGAACACACCAACAGCAAUUAAAAAGAACUCUCAUUGUUUACAGCUCAUAUACCAAGUGGUGAGUGCUUUUGUCGAAAUACAGCACAGCGAACUCUUAGCCAAGAAGGAAUGAAUGAGUGUUAUCUCAAGGCUCGAAAUGAGGCCAUCCUCAAAGUUUAAUUCAUAAUUCCUCUGAUAGUCAUUUUAGCCAAGUUCUGUCAACUGUUUCAAGCCCCCAUUAUCAGCGUUGCAGGACGCGCGUUUAUCCGCCCGCGGGAAGAUUUAAGACGAGUCGGGGAGAGGUUGGCUGGGGGUCUGGCACCUCACUAUCGGUUCCAGACCCUUUACAGACCUCUACCCAACUCGCGUUGCUCAAGACCUCAAAUUUUCCCGCGGGCGAUGAAACCCUCGUCCCCAAGCGCUAGUAAUGAAGGCCUCAUCGCCAGCUACUUGUUACCUGUUAGAACCGCAGGUUCGUAAUGGAGUGUCUUUCAAUUGGCUUUUAAGACAAAAAUCAAUCAGAAAAAUGGAAAUACCAUAAAAAGCCAAUCAGAGCUCAGAAUGAACACCCUCAACCGGCUUCAAGCACAGAAAACGUGAGAGCCCAAGUUGCGAUUUGAUAUAGUUUUACCGUUGCCUUUGCUUUUGCAUAUUGGUUGAGAAGGUGGGGAGACAACUCUGGGCCAAUUAUGAACGAAGCGCUGAAGCACUAUGAAUUCUGUCGUGGAUUGGUUUGGGCUAACGAUUGAAAAUUGAACUUUCUGUAAAAUUCUAUUAUUUCUUCUCAGGACACCAUUCUGGACGCCAUACGAAAGACCAAAGUCAAUUUUGUGCGUUGCAUCCUUCCAGUGGAAAUCGCAGUCCAGACUGACAGUGUUGAUGGAGAGGCCGUGAGUAACAGUGCCAAAGAAGUUUCCUCGUUGCAUGUACCGCUUGUCAGGAACCAGCUCAGGUCUGCGGAAAUGUUAGAUGCUGUCAGGAUACACAGACAAGGUGGGUGGAUUGUGGCAUGAGAUUAUAAACCUGUUUCGAAAGGUCCCUGUUCUCGCCGCCUCGGUUAGUCUGUUUUAAGUAAUUUACGUUGUAGGCUCGAGAUGCGCGACAAUUAAGCAAAAUUCUAUUAACCCUUUAACUCCUAGAAGUGAUUAACAUGUAACCUCUCCUUAUUAUAUCCAUACAUUAUUCAGCAAACAGGUAAUGAGAAUACUCUUGCUCAUCAGGUACAAGAUAUUACCUUAAUCGAACAUCAAAUUCUCGUAACCAAUUAAUUGGUAGAGGAAACUCGCCCAAUCUCUCAACCCAUCGAAUGCAAAACUACUGUGAAAUCAAUGCCGACGUGGUCACUCGUGUUUUCUAGCGUUUUCUUGCGCUUUAGGCGAUAUGCUUGUCUCUACUUUGCGUUCUUAUUGGCCUCUUGUGGUAUUUCCCUUUCCUCUGAUUGACUGUUGUGGUUACUUUGGUUUUGGUUAACGACAGGCAAUCUAAAAGGGCUGUAAACGUGUUGUACAGAAGUUUUCCGGUCUAGCAGUUGAUCAUUUGGUCAUUCAGUUUCUUGUUCAGGACGAAAUCUUUGUAAGAGCGAUUUUUCGAAAAAAGUUUUUAGUGGCCGAUGUUUUUUCUCAUUAGGGAAACGAGUUCUUCGUUCUUAAAGUACUUGUUAGUAGUUUUAUUACAAAAGAAAAAUAACAAAACAAAAAAAACGUUUACCUUUUCAAGGUUCCGCAGUUGGUUAAUGACUUUUCAGCUAGUUCAAAUGUGUACACAUCUUUACCUUAACUUCGUUAUUGGUAAGCGUAGGUUAUUUAAGUAAUUUUACUAUUAGAGCAGCAGUUAGCAAAACCAUUUCCGUUCACAUGUACAUCGUUCUCGAAAUAGUCGCCUACGCCUUAACCACUCAAGCACGCACUUAUCGAGCGGAUAAACCCUUCACGUAGAGAGGAAGGGAAGGCAUUUCAGGCCACAUUGAAGAGGCAGGGUCGUUUGUCAGCGUUAAACGGAUUCAAUACCCGGUCAGUUCGCUUGUUCUAUCUCAACGACCGCUAAAUUGGUAAGGAAUUUGGCUCAAUACUUAUAAAAUCUACGCAGCGAGAAAAACAAUCGUUAAUUCAUCACAGGAAAUUGCCAUUGUGAUGCAAGUCGCUUCAAGGCUUUUCUAAAUCUUCGUAAGUACCUCUACUGUUGAACUGUACCAAAAAAAUGAAUUAUUUCAACGACACUUUUAAUUUGUUCUUAUAGUGACCAUUAUAUGAUUUCUUAAUAUGUAUUAAUUCACCUUUUUUAACGCGGCGGUGUCGUAAUAAAGUUGGAGGUGUAAAGAGGUAAUAUUAUGUUGAUAUAGCACUAAAUUCACAGAACAAACAUGACAGUAGGUGUCUGCAAUGCAGUAGGGAGAGUUUAGAUGUUAAGAUUGGUAGUGAAAGUCGAUCCAAUUCCGCUGCGUGGUUUUAAAGAGGUUUCGUAAUCCUUUAUUAACACUCUUGAGACUUAAUUUCGAAAUUUUCUUGUGUUACCGAAAAACGGAACACAGUCUCCAACAAUGCACACAACUAAAUAUAAUUAAAGGCCAUUUUGAAAUGCAAAUUGCGAUGAUCAAACAAACGAAAAUGAAGUCUUCCUUUGGGCUAAGAAUUGUUAGAGGGUUAGCUUGUCAGAGCGAAACCUAACCAAAAGAAAUGAAGAAAAGAAAACCGAUGCCUUGUUUGUUCAUUUGCAGUCCCUUCUUUCUAUAUGGAGGUAGUGUAAUAUGUAAGGUCUUUUGAUAAAGUUGUGUUGAAAGUUGUACUGUGUGGAGCGCAGUCAGGAUUUGAGCAAUCAGUAGCUAAGUCAUGGUUCUUUGAAGCCGGCGGAGACAAAUAUUGGCGGAAAGCGAAUGGAUUUCGAAGUUGUUUUGACUAUUUUCAAUCAUUUUAAGCUUGUUGCAUCCUAAUUGAGUAUUCAUAGCCAUUCAACUAUGACGGAAACCGCAGACAUGCAGUGGCAGGGCACAUUUGCAAAAGCCGGCAGGAUGCCCAACCGUUGUGUCUAGAGAUAUUGUAUUCCUUCUCUCCAACACGACACGACUCAGUUUCUGAGCAGUUUUCAAUUCACCAUGCCCUCCAAAACUGAUGUUGUCUUUAAGGAAGCCGUUGUUUUCAAAUCCAACGUUUUGAAGUUCGAAUACGGUACAUAUUCAGCAACUGUAACACUUGCUCUUCUAAAAGUUGUUGGAAGCCGGUGACUAAUUGCGGCUUGCCGCAGUUGAUGUUGUAUGCGAUUCACAACUUGAUAACUCGGUGACAUUUCAUUCCUAUGUGACUCAAAGUCUUUUUCCUCCUCAGGUUUUCCAGAGCAUAUGCCAUUUGGAGAGUUUAGGCGCCGUUUUGACAUCCUGGCUGCGAGUCAGCACAGAAACACGGGCCCCGUUUUGGAUGAAAAAAAGGUAGGUGAACUUUUGCUUUGUUCCGUGGUCGUGGCAUAGUCUCUCCUACUCAUACGAAGUUGUUUUCCCUUGGGGGAGAACUAGAACUCGAAGUUCAUUAAAGUUUUCGAUAGGCAACAUAAUUUUACGCUCAUUUACUCUAAGUUAUUUAUUCAAAUAUUGAAACCAAGUAUCUUUUGUUAUGAGUGUUCAUUUUUUAGACGAUGACUGUGGCUAUUGUUACUUAUUAAAUGCAUUUGUUCAUGACCGUGGUAGCAUGGCAAAAUGUCCCCUUAAAAAAAAAAAAGAAUGAAUCUUUGUUACUUGAGUAAAAUAACUUCUACCUUGAGUGUUUCUGACGGCAAGACAUAUGUUGUGAAAACGCAAAAGAGGAGAGGGUAUUCGGUGGCCUAAAAAUAACAUAAUAAUUUCGGUUUCCCCCUUCAGUUUUAAGUCGUUUGUUCACGCGGUGCGCUAUUUAAUUGCUGCUUGUUAUUAUGUGAUUGACAGUGCCUACUACGAACGUCGGUGUUUCAGCAUGACCGACAGAGCUCGCUUUAUCUGAUUUUCUUUGUCUUUAGGCCGUAGAAACACUGCUGGAUCACCUUGAACUGGACAAAAGAAGCUAUAGACUGGGAUUGAGUCAGGUAAGAUUAAAAGCAAAGCGUUUGUAAGGCGAGGAGAUAGUUAACAAAACAGCAAAGUGACUCUUUUCCUUUUCCAUACACACCCUACCAACGAUUUCGCCUUAAAACACUCCAGUAUCUCUCUCAACCUUCUCCACACCUUUCCCCCUUCGUUUCUUGUUACUCCUCUCUACACCUCUCUUACCACCUCUCCUUUACACAUCUCUUUCUCCCCCUCCCCCCCUCCUUUCUCUGUUGUCUUUCCUUCUUAUUAUGCAAAAAUUUUAAUGGACCUAAAUAGAAAACCUUGAAAUCCAUGUACGCUCCCAGUCUAUUUAUUGAGACACACUAAGUAAAAAACUCUAAAAUUAAGGGUUUUAAUUUAUAAAGCAAGACAGGGACAGUGAGAGAAAAUAACCCUGAUAGAUGUGACUUAUAAUGAUCAUUCUACUGAAAAAAAUCCAUUAAGGCACUCUUACCUCCCAUUAAAAGAGCACUUGUCACUCACGUAACGCUAGCGCUGCAUGGAAGCAAAGUUACCACAAUUUCUAACUUUCACGUCUUUUAAAAUUGUUUAGAGUCCGAACGAAUUAAAAAAAAAAAAAAAUACAAGAGGCUCCCUUCUGGGACCGUCAGAUUUAAAAUACCGAAGUCGUUACAAGUUGAUAUUUUUACCAUAAAGCACCAUAUGCUGUUCAUACGAGAAUGGUCGCUCUGCUUGCCAGUUUAUGAUAUUGUAAUAACAGGAUGACAUCCCAGAGAGUGUUAUUCUUUUUUCCUGACACUAAUCCCGUCUUUGUAUGAUCCUUUUGUUGUUUACAAUACGUCAAGUUCAGAAAUGAUUAAGCUGUAUUUCUUUGAGUUUUGGAGCUUUUGCCGACCGCGAGGUCAUAGUAAACGCGUAUGUCGACGAUCGUGUUGUGCUCGGCAGUUCGUACCGUUUUCGACCCCGUGCUGAUUUGAACAAGUGCUCUGAAUAUUUGGCAACUAAGCCAGCGUCUUAGCUAAAGGUGUGUGAUGGUUUUUGAUUGUUUGCGUACCGUUCAAUUUGUAGACAUAAUUAAGUUGCUUGAUCGCAAUUUCGAGCCCUAUUUACUUAAAUUUUUAUUUGUCUCGGUUAUGAUAUUCCUCUCCUUUUGUACCAAUUUUAAACGACGCGAGCGAUUUUGUCUUCUCUUUUAGCCUCUGUAAGUCUUUCGAGAUGUGUUUCGUGAUGUUUUUGCCUCUAAGAGAUCAAGCGAUAGUUUCAUUUCUGUUUUAAAUGCUUAGAAACGAUGCACUAAACAUUUCAUGAAUAGAUUGAUGGAAGAUGUAUAUUCACGUUAGUGUCAGUCUUUUCCUUAUGCGAUAAACUUGGCCUUUACGAGGCGACUGAUUAAAGGGGUCAGCUAUAGAGUCACUGUUAUCUUUUUACCGACGAUUACUUUUCAAUAACUCCAUAAUAUUUCUGCACAUAAAUAAGUCAACACAAUUGUUUUAUUUGACUUGAGGUUUUCACUUUGCGUUAACUUCUGUACAAAUGGUAAUAUUUUAUACCUUGCUUCUGAUUGACACGAAAGAUUAUUGUAUUUAGUAUAUCGCAAAUCCUUCGUCUCGACGCAGAUUAAAUUAGCAUGCAUACCAAUGUAGGUUAUUAUCUCACUUACAUCUUUUUGUUUUUGAAAAGAUUGUUUUUCAAAGCUCUUUUGGAAUUCACUAGUGAAAGUUACCUGGGUUUUGAUUAGUUAGUGGCAAGUAAGAGUAUUGUGUUCGUCUUCAAAACUGUGUGUACCUCAUUGGAAUGCCGCGACCGACCUAUAUGUUGAUAAAUCAAAAGUUCAGAUAGUCGGGAUUAGCAGUUGAAGAGCCUGUUUGUUAUGGUGGACUUUGAUUUUAUGAGGUCAUUUUAAAAGGAAAAAAAAUCCAGGCGAAGGUUGUGUUUCAAGUGAAAAUCCGAGCAGAUGAUACAGCGAAAAAACUGUUAAGUCAGAAAGAAAAUUUGUUUUUCUCAAAUACGCCAAACCACUGAAACAAGAAGGGGUAAAACUGUUCCUUUGACAGAUACUCUUUUCUGAUCCUAUCUUAUUUGUACAAGCCACCUAGUUACGUAACUACUUCGCUGAUACUUAUCAGUCAUAUUAAUCCAAGGCACAGGUUAAUCCGACUUGGAUUAAGUUUCCGCAGUUUUUCCCGUAUGUCAGGGUUUUUUUUUUCCGGAAGUAUUUGGCACCAGUAGUCUGUCCUGCUACACUUGGUAUUUCUGGCACGUUUUCCCCCUCUAGGACACCGUGAUAUUGUUUCCCUGUGCUUGACUUAGCCACAUGCCCAGUUUGGAUGUCAUUUGAUUAUUUUUCCCGCGCAUGACGUGAGUUUUGCCUUAUUUGGACAUCACUUGAUUGUUUUCCCGCGCCUGGCGUGGCGUUUUGACCCUUCUGCACACUUUUUGAUUGUUUUCCCGUGCUUGACCUAAGAUUUUACCCUAAUGGACUAACAUUUUUCUGCUUACCCAAGCAGUUACUAUGUUGCCACCUAAACUAGGAGCUAAGUCGCUGGUUUGUGCCUCUUAUAAGCUUUUUCUUCCGAAAUUUUUCAGUUCGUCACUAGCGAUCUGUCUUGAUAUUCUCCAUCUUUAGCUGGUCUUGUUCCUUGUUAAGGCAGUUUAGCAUAACACCAAAAAAGAUAAUCAAAUAAUUAUGAAUGAGCUCUUUAAAAGACAGUUUCCUCAACUGUUUUCGCCUUUUACUUUUUAUGGCAUUUAGUUACCCUAUGGAAAUCAAACGCAAUGUUUUUAUUUUUGAAUAUUUCCGAAUCGUAUUUAAAUGAAGAUCCUCAAUUGUUCCAAUGCCUAAUAUUGUUUUCCAGAUCUUCUUCCGUGCCGGCACUCUUGCUCAGUUAGAAGACGCUCGGGACGAGAAGACCACUGAUACCAUAGUUGAACUGCAGGCUUUCUGUCGUGGAUUCUUAGCGAGGAAGAACUACAGUAAAUUACAGGUAUGCAUGCUUUUCUUUUUGGUCAUAGCUUUAAACUAGACGCUUUUGACGUCUCAAGUACCUGAUAGACAUCACUUCUUCAUCGUUACUCUACUGUUACCGGAAAUUUCUCGUUUUUCGUCUGAUGGGAUGUCCCCUUUGAAAAAGAAAAUAACAAAAAAAAAGGUUUUUCUUUUUAAAUGAGAUGCGACCCGAAGGAACUUUAUUACUGUUCUUCGCUACUUCUUUGGCUUUUGCGUCUUCUUAAUUGAUAAAGGUGAAAUGUUUAACCAGGCUUGUCGUGGUUGUUUUUUGUUUUUAUUCAGGUUUUCUUUAAUCCACGAUUAGUUUUGAUUUGAGAUUUUCAAAUUUUACCCAACCAAAUGAAGAAAAUGUUGAUGCCCGUCGAACUUUUGAAAACCGUAUCUUGUGGUUUGUUUGGCCUUAGGUUCAGUGCACAGCUAUCCGUUGUAUUCAGAAGAAUAUUAGACUUUUCUUGGCAGUCAACAAUUGGCCUUGGUGGAGAUUAUAUACAAAGGUAAUAGUGAAGUGAAGUUCUUUAGAAAGUCUAUCAAGAGAUGGAAGUGGAUAAUAAGCAUAGCGAGGUAAAGGGAACCUGUCCAUAUGCUGAGGUAAACCUCAAUGCUAGAAUGGACUGAUUCGGGACAAUUGUCUUCUUAUGACAUGACGAAUGUCUUUGGAAAUAUUUAUCGCUGAGACUAUAAACAGCUCCAUUUCAUUCCCGGAAAAAAAUUUUCCACACGAGUUAAAACCAAUUUGUCUAAGGGUGUGAGAGUUGUCAGCUGCUAGGGUUAGGGAAGUUUUAACUUAUGUUUCUCAGUGAAUCGUUCUGUGUUAGAAUAAGCCGAGAAUUUUGUCCUUAAUCAGAGCAUUAAUCCAUAUUUUUCACUGAUUUUGUGUAGGUCCUCCCAUUGUUAAAUGUUCAUCGAACCGAAGAAGAACUAAAGAGCAAAUCGGUGAGUAUCCUGGUUUCCUCAUGACGAUCACAAUUAUGAACAGUUACUCAUGUUGCAAUGUAUAUCAGUGAUAUUAGGAGCGAGGUGGUAGAGAUAGCCAAAUCGAGGAGAAUCCCGGUUUCUUUAAUAGCAGGUUCUCUCGUUGAGUACAUUUGUUUGCACGAAAAAAGGAGAGGUUUAUGUCUAGCUAACUUUAAACUUUUGAAAACAAGACUUCGUGAUUCGGUUUCCUCCACUCGUAACAGGGGUCAUUUUAUUUCCCGCGCUUAGCGCGAGUUGCACAAUUUUCACGCGCAGGGAGAAAUUUGUAUAUUUCACUCUGAAGUUGCCAUUGGCCAGUUGCACCAUGUGUGAUUGGCCGGUCAGGGUCUCUCUGGUGUUGGUCUGUGCAUAAUAUCAUAUAAAACGCGUUUAUACCGCGUCUUGCUUGGUUGGCCUCACGUAAGAGAAAUGAAAUUCCUAACUAUGCCGUCCUCAUUCUUUCUACAGGGAGAGGUCGACAUUUUGAAAUCAAGAUUAGCAAAACUUGAAAGGGAAAAGAAGGAAUUAGAGGAAGCAAACGAGAAGCUACAGCAAAAGGUACCAAAACAUAUUGCAUGGAGACAUACAGUAACAUUUCCGCAAAAUUACUAAUCAACAGGCUGGCUUUCAUUGCCUUACGUUUGGAUGAAUAUAUCUUUUUUUUUCAAACACGAAUUUCCCCCGUAUGUUUGGAGGCCGCGUAAUGAAAAUUUACGUUGAUGGUCAAACUUAUCUUCGACUUUAAUCCAAAAUGGAUGGUAUACUAAGAACGAAAAAAAGGAAGCGUUUGCCGCACAAAAAAAUUGGCUUAGAAAUUACGAAUAUUGUGAAAAAAAAGUUUUGAUAAAAGAAUUAUUUUGCGUUAAUCUUUUAAAUCCAUUAUGUUAUUCGUAAUCUGCUCCUCUCUUUUUUAUCUUUUUGUGUCCUCGUUUAUGUUUGGUUGGUUGUUAUCCUGAACACAUUCCCUCUAUUUUUGAUUAUAAUGAAGAAAUGUUUUCUCGAUUUGACGAAAUUUGGUUCAUCGCAAUUAUUCACUCUGACAAUGCUCUUUGUAGGCAAGCUUUGUCAAAGUUUUAUCUUGGUUUGAAAUUAAUUGAGAUUUAUCUUUUAAUUAAUGAUAAUCCCUAGAUCAUUAAAAUAUAGUUCUUCUCUAAAAAUGUCGUUUAAUGUCAAACGGAUCAGCUAAGAGAACAACGUGAUUAGCAAGUAAUGGUCACUUUCGUGAUUAACCUCUUAAUUCUCAUAGCAAACGUUUCAAGGAAUGUAGAGCGAUUAGUAAAGAGAGUUGAUAUUCUCAUCUUCGUCGAACUCUUGUAUUUUUAUCUCAAAGAUCCUCAAAUGGCCCUUUUUGACCUCAAGGAAUGUACAUGUGUUAUGUUUCUUGUCCGAGGUUCUGGUUAAUUAAUCGUAUAUACAUUAAGUCCCUGCAUCGAAUUCCUUUGAUACCCCAUGUGGUGAGUUAAAUUACCCUGUGAUGCAUAAAUCACUUUCGUUCAGGCUAAAUCGUCACUGCCAGGUCAAAUUUACUGCAUUCGAUUUUAGGAGAUGUUCCUGAAGACUUAGAUUAAUUGCCAGAAUUAUGAGGGUCUGUGUAUUAACUUUCGUAUUGAAAUAAUUUCUCUGUGAUAUGCAUUUGACGUCGUUCAAUAUUUCUUUCAGGUAACUGAAUUAUCCGCUUCUUUGUCCGAGGAAAGAGAAACCGCCAGUCAUGCCAGUGAAAUGCUUGAAGGCGAAACAAUGGAGAGAAUGAGAUUGGAACGUCAAAUGCAGGAACUCCAGGUUUGUAGGAUGAUUAACGAUUCCAGUGGUGUAGAAUUGCUCUCUAAGGGACCGUCGCGUUCAUUCUGUCACAAUAAACAAUCGGGUGCGUUCGGCCAAUCGAUCGUAAAUGACUCAUAGUAAUGUCUCAGGUUUGUGACUUAAAGAAGAUAUCGAUUUCCGCGAUUUACUUCACGCACUCUAGACGGUAACAAGGUAAUGAUAUUUUGUAGAAAUAAAGUUCCAAAUGAGGCAUAUAGAACUCGUAUGGAAUUUUGCUUUCGUGAGUCCAGUCGUUUGAAUUUUUUUUCUGGUGUAAGAUUCUCUUUGCCAAUAAUUUGAUAAGAUCAGAAAUACAUACUCUAAUUAUGAGGGCUUCUGUUGAUGAAAGAGGGCAAUAUUAAGAUACGUAUGUGUGACAAAAAGCAGGAUCUCAGCAGUGGACACAAAAACUCGUAUCGAAUUUUGCUUUCGUCGGUCCUUCCAAUUUAAUUUUUUUCUGGUGUAAGAUUCUCUUUGCCAAUGAUAUAAUAAGAUCAGAAAUACAUACUCUAAUUAUGGGGACCUCUGUUGAUGAAAGAGGGCAAUAUUUAGAUACGUUUGUGUGAUAAACAAGCAGGAUCUUGGCAGUGGAAAGACGUCCGUGAGAUAUGAUAUCGUAUCUAUCAGUUUCAGUGAUGUCAACUACGUGCGACUUUAUAUGUUGCCAAGCAGUCUCGUGUUUGUCGUUUCAGUUGUGAUCUAAUUGACCUGUUCGCUGUUAACUCUUGUGAUAUGACGCCGCCAUCGCUUUCUUGUGCGAAAACUAAUUAAGUUGAGUACGCCAUCUGAAAAAGCCUUUGCAAUCACUUCUAUCAAACAGGACCACAGUUAGUCGAGAUUUAACGCUUGCUUCGAAAACAGGAGGAAGUCUUUAUUAGUUCAAAGCAGUGGCGUGACUUCUCUUAGACAAUCGCGUGACUUGUCUCGUGACUUAUGUUUCUUGAACGUUCGCUCCUGUCUGGAGCCUGGUUACAUAAGAAGAUUAAGAUAAACUAGGUGAACUUCCGGUUUCUCUCAGCCUAGAAGUAUAUCUGUUCUAAAAACUUUGUUCUGAUCGCACAAUAAAUCGCCAGUUUCUUUUGAUUUCAUUUAUUUUCGUUGAUAGAAAGCUUCAGCAGCAGUUACAUUCACUUUACACUGUCAAGAACGGUUUUGUUUUCAUUCUUUCUUAUAUAAAAAAUAUUUGCUAUCUAAACCGUCAAGAUUUCCGGAUUUCGUGUGGAUCUGCGGGAUAAAUCCAUUCAGGCCUUAAAUCUGGCCGUGAGAACUCUGGUUUGAAAUAACAUUUAGAGACAGGCUUCACUGUUAAGUGCAUAAUGAAAUAUUAUUUAUUCAAGGAAAUUUUUCGGUUUCUCCAGCGCAUUGAGGAGCGUGUAGAUUGCUGAGCAAGUGAACGUAGUGUGUUAGAUUGAUCGUUAAAACUCUACAAUCAGCUGGUCACUCGAGAUUUAAACAGCUGAAAGCUGAAGGAAUUCAAUCUGCUUUUCCGGUGAAGUACUUCUCUUCCCUUAAGUCGUGGAUCACUUUGGAAAAUAAGCUGCAGUCUCUAAGACAUGAUUACGGCUGAGACGUAUCCACAGGUGAAUCACUCUUUUUCGUUUCAAUAAUUCAGUGUUUAAUUGCUGGGAAAUUAAUCAAAUUAUUUUCAUCGCUUAACAACGCCUUUCGAGUGACCAUUUCCGUCUCAAACACUGUCGAUAGAAUAUGUGAAAGCACUUUGCUAUCUCUUCUUUGAGGCUUACCAUUCGAGCGCCUCAUGUAAUGUUGUCCCUUAUUUUAAGCACGAAAGGUUAACGAAAUUUUCAAACCGGUAGAGCAAUCCUUUUACCAGUUGAGUUUGUAAGAAUUCAAACCGAUUUUAGGCGGUAGAAGGAGUUUUUACUGGCCGUAAAUGUUACUGGUUACUGCCUGAAAGGAGAAGAAUACCUGUCUAAACCUUAGCAUUAAGGUAAGAAAGAGUUUACAAAGCUGUUUUGAGAGUACAACUAUGCCUGAAUUUAUAGGUGGAAGUAUCGCACCCCAAAUGAUAAUAAAUGGUUCAACCUGGGAAGAGUCAGCUUGAGAAGACUCCGUAACAAGCGGCUUCUUUUUAAUUGGAAACGUAAUCUUAAUAUUGUUACGUAAUCUUGUGGUGUUUUUUUUUUUUUUUUUGGAAUUUUUUUUUUUUGCGGUUAGAUUUUUUUUUAAUUGUGAGACUUCUGAUGAAGUAUAUUUGAUGAAAGUAUCUUAAACUCCUAUUCCUUUGCCAUCGUGUCCUGCUUGAUUCCAUUGUGUCCAUUGUGUGCUAUUUUGUCCUGCUUGAAUCCAUGUAUUAUUAAGUAACUGAGACUGUAGGUGAAAAGAUGGCAGAAUUAUAGCGACAUGUUAGGUUCGUUUUGGUUAGAAUGUUGGUGUGAUCAUAGAACUAGAUGGAUUGUAUUACUGAAAGAGUGCAAAAAGAGGAUUGUGGGAAGGCGAUGAUAGCUCAAAUCGAACAUUUUAUUUCAAAUUGCUAGCUAUUUUCUUUGAUUGUUUUUAUUGUGAUUGUAAACACCAUCAUCACUUGGUUAACGUGUUAAAUAGCGUAAAAAUAUUUAGAGAGCUGAAACUUCUUCAGUUGCGUGGGAAGAUUUCGUGGUAUCGAAGUUGUACUGAAUUUUCAUCGGUUUUUUUCCGCAUACAAGCAAAUUCUCCCAAGCAGUACAGUAAGGAGACUUAACCAGAAUUUGUAUGCUAAGAUCAGAACAUUGUGGUUUUACAGGAGUCCUUGGAGGACGUCAAGAAGAGGAAAGACAAACUUGAAGUUGAACUUCUUGAAGCAAGAGCUUUGAGUGUCACCGCCACAAGGAAUGUCGAGAGAUUGGAGAGGUACGAAGGCGAAGGAGCUUCUGAAGAUGAAGAAGAAGGUGAGACAAGCUUAGAUUGCUUUUUGAAAUGCUACCCAGAAGAAAAAUUAAUAAUGUAAUGCUAGAUAUUAACCCUUGACUCCUAGAAGGCCAGAAGUCAUUGACAAGCAAUUUCUCCGUACGAUAUCAAUAUAUUCAGGGCGUGAAAUUAACUUUUUUUUCUGAUAGCCACUUGGCUCCUAAAUUCUUCAAAGUGGUAGCCAAUUCAAAAAAAGUUGGUCGCCAUUUUCAAAGACAAACAAAAUCUUUCUUUACGCUGUCAGCGUUCUAGAUAGACCCUCCAAAAUUAACGUGCUACAAAGUGGACACUAGGAUGGAUGAUAUACAACGUUCAGGCUCAUCUAAAUCCAAGAUGGCGUCUAGUUAUCGAUAGAGACGCAUGUGCUACAUUUUGGAAACAAACUUAACGAGGAAGUUUGCCGCGGAUUUAUCUUUGCAAAUCUUUUUAAUUCACUAUAUCUCUUGGUAAGAUUAUGAUGAAACGUUCUAGUCGCCAAUUUGGCGACUAACUUUCAGGAUUUGGUCGCCAAAGUGAAAAAUUUAGGCGCAUUGGCGCCUGUAUUAGGCGCAAUUUCACGCCUAAUAAAUGUUUGCAAACUAAUAUAAUAUUAGUUUGCAAACAGGUGAUAAGAAUAUCAAUUUCAUUAGCUAGAAUGAGUUAUUUCUGAAGUUCUCCUUACCAAUUUGCAAGGAGUUGCAUAGUAGUUAGUAAAGAGAGUUACCAAUCAGAUCUGGCACCUUUGAGUUCUCCGGUAAACUUCGUUUUGAAACACUGUGGUUUUAACCGUCGGCUCUGUUCUGUUCUCAAUACAGAGUCGUUUUAUCGUGAGAGGUACAUCCAGGCCUCCAAGGAACAUGAGCAACUAAGAAAAAAAUUACAAAGUCAGGCCGAGCAAGAGAUAGAACAGCUCACCAAUCAGAAGCGAUUACUGGAAAGGAAGGUAAAGACGAUACAGGAGAGGUUUUGUUUCGUCGCACACUUGCCGUUCGCUUGACUUGAACGUUCCUUGACGGCUCAUCUAUCUCGGUGCAAUUGGCCUGUUCUAGGCGUUCAGGUGCGAAAUGAUAAACGGCGCGGAGGAGAGAAAAAGCGGGAAAGGUUAGGGACGGGUCGCGUAAAGACUAGGCUCGAUUGUCAGCCGCUGUUCGGGAAUAUGAGCCCGCGCUCCUCCCCUCAAACCCUUCUCUGGAAGUAGCGAAGACUGCAUGCGAGAGAGCGGCAGAAAUCGAGCCUACGUAAAGACCAAACCUUCCUCGUUGUUUCACGUCACUUCUUUCGCGCAGUUUGCAGUUUCGCUCCGUUUUAUAACCAAACGCCUGGAACAAGCUUCGGUGCGAUCAACAGUUACACUACGUAUGGUGUGUUAACGUUAUUCCCUGAUGCGAUAGCUGGCUAGAAUCAGAUAUCAACGUUUCCUAUAAAACAAGUUGCUGAUUUAACACUGAUACAGUAUUUAAAAUUCUGCUACGUUAGUCACAGUGGUUGGGGACUCUAAGCUUGUAAAUUGCUGAUUUAACUUGGUUUAUGUGCGAUUGGUUCUGAUUUAGUUGACUGAGGAGAAAGCUGAAAAUGAAGAGAUACAGCGCCAAUCGUUAAAUUUGAGGAAAAAGACAUCUCGAGUCCAGUCAGAAAUGGAAGAUUUGAAACUUCUGUUGGAGGAAGAACAAACUAGAAAUGCCGAAUUGGAGAAAAAGCAACGAAGGUAUGGGACUCAGGCUUAAAAAGCAAAAAGAGCAACAGACACUAAGGAAAAACUUCAUUGAUUAGAUUGUUAGUUAAACAAGCAAGUCUGCUUAGUCAGUUUGUAAUGUGGUGAUUAUAGAAUUAAAAGGUAUCAGGACGUUUCACUCACAGCAAAUUCUUCCACUGCCACCUUUGCGAGUUCGCCCCUUGAACUGUACCUGUUCGGUUUUUUAGGUUUCGUCCUGCUGCAAGUUCCUUCCCCUAUCACCUUUGCGAGUUUCGGCCCCACCUUUAUCAGUUCGCCAUUACUUUUUUGACUCGUUACCUUGCCAUAAAGGCAUCGUUAUAGCUGGGGCGAAGCAACCAGUUUACAACUUAAGUGGAAAGAAAAAUGACUUAUUUUUAAUACUUUAAUUUUUUAGGUUCGACACGGACAGUCAGCGAUUCAAAGAAGAGCUGAACCACGAAAGAACAUUGAAAGAGAAAAUCAGUCGCGAAAAGGAUAAGGCUGUCACAGAAAAAUUCCAAUUAGAACAUGAAUUGUCGGUAUGUUGGUUGUGUGAUGUCUUUACCUAGAGAUAAAUUUCCUCCGCCUUUGGUUUGCUUUCUUCAAGCGGUAAAUAGACUUUCUAACCGUCAGACUUAGCAAUUUCCAUUUUUUCCUUUUUAUCAUCGAGUUUCAGGUCCUUAUUGUACGUUAUGGAACUAUUUUUCCAGCUACCUUUUAUGACUAACGAGAGCCAGCUAAGGGCAUUUGGGAAUAAAGAAUGUAUGAUGGCAACUAUAACAGCUCAAUUUCGGCUAGGUUUGCAGAAGAGUCUGGCACCCUAAAUUGACCAAUCAAAACACACGUUGAUAUUGAGAAGUGCAAUAAUUAAUAAUUGUUCACCGUAGUGGAGGCGAAUAGUGGUGGAUAUUUCACUGAGCCGCAAAGCGACGAGGUAAAUAUCCACCACUUUCACUGACACUGAGGUGAAUAGUUAUUUCAGUAUAUACGACACAGAUACUAAAAAAACUAGUUUACCUCUUUCAAUAUACCAAAAAAUUGGCAGAAAUUAAACUCUUGACGCGCGAUAUUCGUCUCAUGGGCUGCACGGUGGUGAAUAGUACUUGCUAUUCACUAUCGAAAUAGCCAAUGAACGCGCGUGAAAAGCACUAUUCACGUGUGUGGUAUAUACUAACUAUAGAUACUGAUCUUUAUCUAACGGUAUUUACAGGAAACUCGCGAAGAACUGGAGAAGGCCAAAAAAGAGCUGACACAAAUUGAGGGCGAUAUGGAUGAUAUCACUAAACAAAAAGGAGGAGACGUGAGUUGUAUACCAAGUCCUUUCUAUUUAUGUAUUAUUUAUUUAAUUAUUGUCUUGGUGUCUUUUUUUACGAGAUAUGUAGCGGUCUAGCUCUUCGUUGUGCUGUCGAUUAACUCGCGAAUAAGUAAAGCAUCUCGGUCUCUCCAACUAACCAACUUAAACAUGCAAAGUCACUUUCGAUGUUUUGAUGAUCACUUGAAACUUUCGAUCGUUUUGUUCGUCCUGUUCCGGUUUUGUUCGACUUCAUUUCUAACUCCACGGCCGACUAUCCGCGUAGCCACAGCUUACACGCUCUUUGUCGCUGCUUGGUCUUUUCCAGGCUGUUGCAUUGAAGAAAAACAUCAGAGAACUGGAGGAGAAAGUUCAAGAUCAAGAAGAGGAACUUGACGAUCAGGCUGGAAAGAUCCAAAUGCUUGAACAGGUAUCAGUAGUUUGCUCGGCUAGUCAAUGGUUUCAAAUAGUAUGCAUGCGUCAAGAAAAAUCAAGUUACAAGUUAUAGUAUGCCUGGGGAAAUUUUUUCUUUCUCUGUUAUUCUGGAAAUUAAUGGGAAAAUCUGAGGUGGGAAAUUUGGGGGUGCAGGAAACUUCAGGCGGGACGCUGAGCUCUAACUUUUGGCGGAAAACAGUUAGAAGGUGGGAUGGGAGCAGAAAACUUAAGGCGAAAUAAAUCUGAAAACCUAGACGCAUGCAGUGAAUUAUGGCGGGAAAAAAACUGUCAGACAGACGCGGUUUAUAAUUUUUUAUCGGAUCUUCCCUCCCCCCCUUCCGCAAAAUAAAAUUUUCGGGGGGGGAGGAGGAAUUCUUGUGGUUUCUCAAUAAACAUGGAGGAAGGAGCUUACCGUUCUUUCGUCAUUUUUUAAAUUAUUUUUUAAGGCCAAACUUCGUUUAGAAAUGGCUGCGGAGCAUGACAAGCAUAUGGUACAUAAGGAUUUAGAAGCGAAAGACGAAGAAAUGGAACAGCUUAGAUUUAACAUGCAGAAAAAGGUAAAACGCUAUAUAAAAUAGCAUUAUGAUGUGGCUUGUACUGUACUUUGGUACUUUGUGUAGAAAAUCUCUUCCGUUCUCCUAAAUUUCAAGUUACAAUUUUUCUCUUCCUCUUCCCCCUUCGUAUUCUUUUUGUAUUCACGCGCGACGCGCGUGAUUCAACAAAUUAGCCAAUCACGUCAAAGAACUCUAACCUUGACCUUGGAAAACUGACGUGGACAUUUUCGCUUAGUUUUAUUUUGUUUUCGUGGAGUUUUAGUUCGUUGUUUUUGAGCUUUCGUUCGUGUAAAUUUGUUACUCCUUUGUUUGAAAGUUAGAGAAGUUUCGGAGUUUUUAUGUAGCCAUAUGUGGAGGUUCAUUUAACAAGUUUAAUACAUAUUUUCUUCGGAGUUUGGAAUGUAGUCUCUUUUUUCGUAAAUGGAUUAUUUACAUGGUGCCGAUACUCGGGAAUGUCGACUCACAGAAGAAUUCACUCUCUCUGGAAAAAUGGCUGAUGAAGAACUGAAAAAAAAGAGAAAGAUCCGAGGAGGACAUAAAGGAUACGUUACGACGACUUUGGAAAAGGUAAAAGCCUUACUCGAUGAAUUUGAACCUCCUCUGGCGAAUCAAUUGAGAACUUAUCGGAUUGUUCUUACGGAAAAACUCAAUGUUCUUGGAGCCCUGGACGACGAAAUUCUGGCUUUAAUAACAGAAGAGCAUAUCGAAGAUGAAAUCAAGGGAACUGGAAACUUCAGAGAAUCUAUUCAUCAAAUGAUGGUGGAAAUUGACGAAACUCUCAACGCAGUUGAACUGGAAAAGGCCGGAAAUACAGAUAAGUUAAUUCCUCUCUCUAAUUCUAAUUCGUUGAAAUUCCAUGGAGAUCCCAUUUCCUUCAAUCCAUUCUUGGACUCAUUUACAAGUGCAGUCGAUGACAACUCUGGUUUAUCAGAUGUCGACAAAUUCAAUUAUUUGAGAAAUUUGUUCGAAGGGCCAGCCGCAGGAGCCAUUCGAGGGCUACCACUCACAGCAGAAAAUUACGAGUCAGCUAAAGCCAUUCUAAAGAAACGAUUUGGGCAACCUCAAGUAAUUGUUAAUGCUUACAUGGAGGGAGUAGUGAAAGUAUCAGCUGUAAGCGCGGACAAUGUUUGAGACGUCUACGCCUUCUUUGUGGUCGAGUUGAAGCACACGUUCGAGCUUUACAAGCCCUGGGAAUAAACUCUGAAUCGUAUGGGAAGCUUUUGAUUCCCCUUUUCAUGGAAAAAUUACCUCUGAAUAUGCGCUUGAUAAUUUCAAGGGCCGUGGAUCAACCAAAAUGGGACUUGGCUGUUUUACUUAACGCCUUCGACAAUGAAAUUGCGAGAGAGCGAUGCGAGCCGAUUGGAACAAACCCGACCAAUCUUCCUACCUCUAAGAAGCCUUUCUCAAUGCCGUCAAGAAAAGGUAAAGAGUUUUCGUACGCUUCAGCACUUAUUAAUCAGUCUGAGGAAUCUGUAACCUGUACCUUCUGUAAGCGAGGGCACCCCAGCGCGAGUUGUGGUGUUGUCACUCAUAUCGAAGCCGGAAGAAACCUGUUGAAACGAGAGGGCCGCUGCUUUAUUUGUUUACGUCGCAACCAUUUGGCAAGGAAGACCGCAUUUGCUCAGAAAGACAUCACAUGCAAAUUUUCGUGAAAGCCAAAGCAGUCGUGUCAUCUCAGAAAAUGCUGCUCAAGGAAGUAAUGUAACGACUAAUGAAGCAAAUCGCCGAGAAAACAAGUCCUCUACGACGGUAUACGUAGACUCAAAUAUGUCAAUUUUGCUGCAUACGGCCAACGCCUCUGUGUCACGGAUCGAUGAGCCUCAUUCUGCUGUAACUAUACGCAUUCUACUUGACAGUGGCAGCCAGCGGAGCUACAUUUCCGAACGAGCGAAAGAAAAAUUGGGUCUGUUCCCGAAGAGAAAAGAGAAGCUGCUAAUCAAAUUGUUAGGACAAGAAAACGUAGACUUAAAGAGAGUGUGGCAUUGUCGAAUUCUGUGUCAGAGGAUUGAGUCAAAGUUCAGGCGUUCAGAUGACUGCUCAUAUCGUCCCUCCUAUCUGCAGUCCUUUGGUGAAUCAAGCCGUACAGUUUGCUCAACAAUCAUACAGUCAUCUGGUAGACUUGAAACUCGCAGAUCAACCAUCCGACGACUUUGGUUCAGAAGUAGAUGUCUUAAUUGGCAACGAUUUCUAUCGGUCUUUCUUCUCUGGAAACAAGGAACGGGGGGAAUCAGGACCUGUGGCGAUGAAGACGAGUCUUGGGUGGGUGUUACCUGGUCCUUUACUCCAAACACCAGGUUCAGAUACUGAUGUUUAUUUGGUCACAAGCCAUACCUUGCGGCUAGACACCUCCUCAUGUAGCGACACUAUUAUCGAAAAGAGAAUUUACGACCCGCUGCUGGAACAAGUGAAAAAAUUCUGGGAGUUAGAAGCUAUCGGUUUGUCAACACAAGAAGAGACAGUGCAUGAGAAGUUCUUGGAUACUAUUCAUCUCAACAACGGCCGCUAUGAAGUCUCUCUUCCUUGGAAAGAACAACACGCAUUACUUCUGGAUAACCAUGCCCAAGCCGUUUCUCGCCUGCCUUCUGUUCUAAAACAUCUAAGAAAGAAUCCUGGACUGUUUGAAGAGUACAACCGCAUCAUUGAAGAGCAAUCUUCGCGAGGAAUAAUCUCCGAUGUCGAUCCCGACAUACCAGUCGAACUUGGUCACGUUCAUUAUUUACCGCAUCAUCUAGUUGUGCGCGAAGAUGUCCAACUCCUCACUUGAAGGCAGCGUUAUUUGUCUAUACUGCUUGGUCAAUGUUGGAACCGUUGGAAACGUGAGUACGUGGUGGAUCUAAGGGAGCACCACAGGCCUGCUAAUGAAGGUGCCGGCGUUGCACAAUCAGUUGCACCAGGUGAUAUUUUCACCGUAAUGGAAGAAGGGAAGUCAAAUCGUAGUACUUGGAAACUCGGAAGGAUUGCGGAGGUGCAUCCUGGAAACGAUGGUUUCGUUCGAGGAGCCACUGUGAAAGUUGCUUCGGGCAGUUGCAAACGAAAACGCCUGAGACGACCCUAAAAAAAUUUUUUUCCGCUAGAAGUUCGAGAACUAGGGGGUUCGUAACAAGUUCCAGCAAGACUGGAGGCAAACACUUUGCAAUGGCAGAGGAGGAGUUAGAAGACGAGAAGUCGAUCAGUUUCUUCAAGGACAAGAGGACUCCUUUUAAAGGAAAACUGAUCGAGGGGGGGGAAGAUGUAGAAAAUCUCUAUCGUUUUUCUAAAUUUCUAGUUAUAAUUUUUCUCUUCCUCUCCCCCCUUCGUGCCUUUUUGUAUUCACGCGCGGCGAGCGUGAUUCCACAAAUUAGCCACUCGCAUCAAAGAACUCUAACCUUGAUAUUGGAAAACUGACGUGGACAUUUUUCGCGUAGUUUUAGUUUGUUUUCGCGGAGUUUUAGUUGUUUUUGAGCUUUCGUUUGCGUAAAUUUGUUACUCUUUCUUUGGAAUUUAAAGAAGUUUCGGAGUUUUUAUUUUAGCCAAAUUUUGAGGUUCAUUCAAUAAGUUUAAUACAUAUUUUCUACGGAGUUUGGACUCUAGUCUCUUUUUUCGUAAAUGGAUUUUUUUUACACUUUGUGUUCUUUUGCAGUACUCUGACUAAACAAUGUUGAAGCUUUUUAUCCGUUACUUAUCUUAACCCUAUAACCCUUAAGAGUGACUAGCAUCUAACUUCUCCAUACAAUAUCACCCUUGAAUCAAACAAUAAGGUCAUGAGAAUAAAGGAAAUGAUCAACAGGUACAGGAGCUCUUGAUUGUUAAGUGACAAAUUCUCCCUAUCAGCACCUCUGGAAAUGUAUAGAGAACUGUAUGGAGAAUAUGCAUACUGAUGUUAGGGUGUAAAGGGUAAAGUGCAAGGUAACGAGUGAAUAGCAGCUAGGUUGGGUGAUGUUUUCAUUUGGCUGACCUGGUGUUAGUGAGCUGACUCGACGGAGUUCAUCCUCAUCAAAUCCCCACUCCUCUCUUCUUUAUGUUAAUUCAGACCUUCAGCUUGCAUUCGACAACUUACUACUGUUUUGUCUUGCGUGGUAUCAGAUUUCAACCCCACCCCUGAAAAAAAUCUGUCUUUUGAAAUUCACAGGUCAAGCAACUCGAGGAUCAACUGGAAGAUGAAUACCAAGAAAAAACGGCCGCUGUUAAGGUAAGCCGCUCUCGCCAUUAGUUGCCUGAAUGACCGUUUUUGAAACUUUCGCUUCUUAAGAAUUGUAGCUCUUCAUUUAGCUCUUUAUUUAACAAGUACCAGCCUUCUUACUUAUGCUUUUUAGGUAAUCCUCCACCUGGAGGUAGUUUUGAAGGCUAUGUGUCAACCUUCAUAAACCUACUGAUUCCUUUUCAGGCCAAACGAGAAGCCGAUAGACGCCUUGAAGAACUCCGCGAUCGCUACGAACAAGGCAAUGCGGAAACGGAGAGAAAACUGAGACGAGAACUGAAGAAGACGAAAGCUCUUCUGCGUGACGCUCAACAAGUGAUUGAUUCUCAGGUUUGUAAUCACCCGCCACUUCCCUUGCCCAUGUCCUUUGCCCUUCCUCUUCCUCUUUUAGGGAAUCUCGUGCAAUUUUUUAUUCGAUAAAUGUUAGUUUUCUUCUUUAAACUUUCAUAGCAUUCACGGUGCCAGUGGUGCUGUGUCCUACUGACUUUCGCUUUGUUUUUCUUUUUAGUCUCAGAAACUUCCGAAAGAAAGAAAUCAGAUGAAAGCUCUGAAAAACCAGGUGAUUUUUAAAAAAAUUUUUUUUUUUAGAUUUAGCAUGGUUUUCCCUCGAGGGAUGAGUUACCUCAGAAGUAAUAGUGACUCCGAUAGCAAAGAAUCCACCCCAAAAACAGCUGGGAGACAAAGCUAUUAUGUUGGUUUUCCUCAACUUCGUUUUCCCGAAGCUUGCGUGCUUGAUUUGUUUGAAAUGGGAACUUUGAUCCCUUUACUCUCUAGAUUUCCACGGCGACACUCUCCUCUGGACACUAUCGCGAAAUUUGUUGAAAUGGAACAUGUUUUUCAUCAAAAUAACACUCUGCAGCUGAAGAGUCUGUCUUCUUUAUCGCCAGUUUGACAAUUUUAGAAGUUACGUGUUUAUCUGUUGUGGAUUUCAACCCUUUUCACUCUGACAUCAGCAUCUACAUUCUCCAUACUGUUCUUUGUACAUUUCCGAUGGCAUUGACAAGGAGACUUUAGUUGAAAAUCAAGAGCUUUUCAAGUUUGCAAUCAUUUCAUGGAUAAUUGUCAGUUCAUGUGAGCCACAAUUAAACCUUGAAUCUUUAUUUUAGUUGGAGGACGCGGAAUUUACCGCUCAGUCUGCUCAGAAAAGCAAAAAGAAACUGGAAGAGGACGUGGCUGACCUACAAAACCAGCUGGAACUCUUGAGCAAGUCCAAGAAAGAGGUAGGCCCAUUUAUAUGGUCUCGGGAACCCGAGGCAACCCUUCCCUUGAGUUACCCUGGCUGUUUUAAAUUUUCACUCAUUCAGAUGGAAAGAGAAAUCUAGCUUGUUUGAUGUCAAGGUGCAAGCUCAGUUUUAAAUGUUGUUAUUUGUCUCUCAGCUCGAGACGAAGUACAUGACGACGCUAAAAGAAAACACUGAAUUGCAAAGUAGAGUGGAGGAAGACGAAGAUGACAUCGAUUCCCUAACAGAGAAGAACAGACAAAUUGGAAAACAGGUUUGUGUUGCGUAUUGUCGUUGAUGAGAUAUCGUCAAAUGAUAUUUAUUUCAGUCACUGCCGCUAGAUCAUGGAACGCAUUGGCAAGUUUCAAAUCCUCUUAAAAGACUCAUUUAUUUCGGAACCACUUGCUUGGUAAUUUUAACCACAGGGGUUCGUGAUAACCUUGUAUUGUACUUUUAACUUUUGCAUGAGUACGCCCAUAGAAAUUAUUUUUAACCAUUUGUAACUAGAUCUUUUAUAACUUGCUUGUUAUAACCAACUUGCCUUAUUUCUGUCAGUACAUGUUGAUGAGGGAUUCGUAAUGUAAUGCCAUAUAUUUUUCUAUUAUUAUUAAAAGAUUGUGAAUGUCAUUGAUGUAUCGUCUAUCACUUCCUUUUCGCUUAAAUUCAUUUAAACAAAGAACUUUCGGUACCAUGGCUAGCUUUCCGUUUUAAGUUUGCCUACUUGGUCUAGUAUGUGAUAUCAUAACUAAAAUCUAAAAGAAAAUCUUAAGACUUAUUGUAAGCUUUGACUUGAAUUGUUUCCAUGAUUGGAGGGACUUGUGAAAAGCGUCUUCCUUAUUAUCACGUGUAUCUCCGAUCUUGAUCAACUGUGAAGUUCAUUUUUCAUCUCGUAGCUGGCUGAGGCUCAACAGAUGCUACGUGAGCGGGAGGCUACCAUUCAGGAUAUCACUACUCAAAAGGAAAACUUAGAAAGCAAGGUGAGUCACACUCCACUACUAUUUCAUGCCUGAAGCUCAUUUGCGCGGGGUUCAAGGGAUUGUGGAAAAGCAGUUAACGACGGCUUUGGUUUUACUCGGCUUUGUUCUGUGAUUGGUUGAAGAAAGAAUGAAAAAAAAAAAAAAGAAAAGAAAAAAAAACAAACACUUUUUGUGUUCAUUUGGGUCGUAGUCAUAUUUUUCUUUGUUCCGAUAGGCCAACGUGAUUACUUUGGUUUUGGUUGUGCGACGUGCAAUCGAAUAGCGUAGUUAGUGUAACCCGUUAACGUUAUCUUGUUAGCUCAGUUGUUAUAAGCUUAUCCCUCCAACUUCGCUUGUCCCCGUUACCCGAGAACGCUGUGCAUGUAAUUGCCUCCCCAAAUUAGAAAAGGGCAGUAGUUUACCGAUGCUGCCUGACGUAAAGAGAAAGAACCUCUCGUUUUUGUGUGGUAGAAUCUACCGACACUGUGAGACAGUCCCGGCGUGCCACGCCUUGGUCACGUACCGCUAAUAAUGGUCUUCUUUUUCCUUGUAAAGGUUGACCACAUGGCAAACCGUCUUUCGUAUUUGGAAGAGUGUACAGUUGAAAAACAUCAGUUUGACCAAAUGGAGAGCAAGGUAUUCAUUGCUGUAUGAAUAAAUCAUGAUUGGUAAUUAGUGAAGAAUGUCUGUUUGGCUUACUUCUGGUUUUUAUUUUUCAUUUCCAGAGAAGGGAACUUGCAACGCAGUUGGAUUUGGAGGGAUCAUUCAAAAAAAGACAAGAGGUGCAGUGGUUUCGUUCAUUUCUUUUUCGUAGCUUGUCGGUAGUGAUCUUUUUAGUUUUUGUUUUGACUCCACUUAUCGGAAAUCUUGCGGAGCUUUACGAAAAUUUUUCGAAAUCACGUCUCUUUCCCACAAUUGUUUUCGCAUUUUUACUUGUCAGACUUGUGCAAGUAAUGUGUUAUUUGAUCUUUAGGUUCAAGUCAGUCGACUAAAGGAGCAAGUUCAAAAACUAAACGACGAAAAGGAAGAUCUGCAGCUCAGAGAAAACAAACUCAUUCAGGAGAACUCCAGGUACUUGCAUCUCGUCUAUUCAGUAUCUUCUUUCAUGUUUUAGGCUGUAUACUUUUUUGACCACUUUGGUCUCAUUCAUUCUAUUUGAUCAAACUUAAAUGGUCCUCUCUCUUAAUCCGUCACCAGCUACUAAGUCCUUUGCAGUUAGCAACAGCAUGCUUCGUAAAACAGCUCGGUUGAGGGGGUAUUGAGCUAAACAGCCAUGUCCCGCAAGUUGGAUGUCUGAAGCGCAAAUUUGCCCUAUAGCAAGGAAUUUUAUGCGUUUACUGCUACCCCCAAAAAGCUCCUCAUCCACUGGGUUUGCCAGGUUUUUUUUACGCGCUUUUACUAAUACACAUGAAGUCUUCUAAAGCAGCGAUACUCUUGAAAGUUCACGUUGUACUUCUCUCGCAUCUCUAGGUUGGAUCGACAAAUGCGUGAGUUAAAGGAGGAGAUGACUUCCCUCUCGAGACAAGAAGAGGAUCAUAAGAAAAGAAAACUUGAUGCUGUGAGUCUCUUUCGAAUCGUUUCACUUCUUAAGGCGAUCACCUUGGCACUUAUUAAGAUAUUAUUCUGUAUAUCUUCGAUUGUUUGUCAUUUGUUACUCCUGUGUAGACUGAAAUAUCACUGGUAAAGUCUUAAUGAAACACUUAACUCUUCUUCUCAAAUUGUUUUUGUUUCUUUGAAAUUUUUAGGAACGAGAGGUUGAAAAUUUAGAGGGUGUUGUAGCAGGCUUAAAGCAAGAAUUGGGAAUGGCAAAGAAACGCGUCAGCGAAUUGCAGCACGCUUUGGAAGAUGACAUGCACUACGACUCGGAAGGAAUGUCGAACGACGACGACUACGGCGAUGACGACGACGACCUCGACAUGAGUGAUGAAUCCGACGAGUUCAAAGACACUGGGUCACGACGGUCAGAGCCGAGGUCAUAUCGAUCGUUCGACGAGCUUGACGACGAGUAUGACAUCACUGAUCGACUGAAAAGAAAAUUGGACGAUCUUAGUGACGAUGUACCUUCUUCUCCUAGAGGGUCACGACCUGUUAAUGAUUCUGUGGAUUCCAACGUGUUCGAGAGCUCUCGGAAAUUCGAUAACGUCAGUGACACGCGAAAAAGCAAUCGUAAGGAAAGCGGAGAUGAUCGCCAUCAUCGGCGGUCACGAUCGGGUACCGACGAACAUGAUACCAGUGUCGAUAAGAAACGAAGGAAGAGCGAUGAUAAAAGAAGAAAAAGUCUUGAAAAGAAAAAAAGUUUUGAGAGAAAAUCCAACUCCACGGAUAAUUCUAUACAUUAACGAGAAGACAGAACAGAUGACUGUUGUAUAUGAUUUUUGUUGUGAACAGGAUUUUACGGCGUUUUGGAACAGAGUUUGAGGCUGAAUUGUGUUAUUAGGCGAUGCAACCGCAGAUGUUAUUGUUGAAGUUGUCACUUAAACAGUGCCAUAUUAGCCAAAAUAUGGCGUUGAACUCGUUGAACACAUGAUCAAACAUGGCUUCAAGACUCAAACUACGUCAGGAUUAGGGGAUAGACUCAGCUUUUUCAUUUUUUUUAAUGCUGUGUAAGAUAUCGAAAACUCAUUAAGGUGAAUUGCUGGUCGCCAGCUUCAAAUACAGUUCUUCUGGUUAAUUAGUUGAGACUAUGCCCAAAACUGAAAUCGAAGAAUUAACAACAUUACUCGACAACCUACUCUAAAUAAUUUAAUACUUGAGUUUCGUUUCAUACGAACAGUCUCAUCUGUGCCUCAUGUCUGUUCUGGUUCUUGGAUAACAUGUUAAGGUUUGUUUGUCAGUAACAGAUGGUACGGUGGUAUAAAGGUUAUGGUUAAAUGGUUAUAUUUAAUUACUUUGGUUCUAUCUCGUUCUCUCUUUUAAACAUUUUAACCAGUGUAAACUUUUCAUGCUCAAAAUUUCGUGCUAUUUCUUGACAUUUAUUUAAUCGCAUCUACUUUAUUGUUUUUCUAAUUUAUGGAAGUUUCCUCUGUCAACUCGCAUCGUGGCAUGUUGACAAUACCACUUGUUCACUUUGACAAAAUUAAUCAAUCACAUCAUGGGAAACGGGCAGUGGCUCUAACUAAAAACUAUAGAGCUUGGCACUAAAGCCAGCAAAAGAUGGUUAAAAGAUUCAAAUAGAUUUGAUGGUUAGUCUCUUGUCAUAAAUUUGGUCAGUGUCGAGUAAGUGACCUCGCAGUAUAAGUUGUCGCGCUGAAAAACUUACUUUCAUUAUUGUACGUUAGAAGUGAGUUGCCUGUGGUAAAUGUCGUAUCCAUUAACUCCUAUAACAUGCAAACCCACGUGAUGAGUUCUUGGAAGAAGAUUUUGCGAUACCAAUAAACGAAGUUAUAUACUGCUGAUGAUCCAGAUAAUUUAUUUCAAGUUGAGAAGGUUAUUUGUGCAUCUCGCGUCUUGUCAACUUGAAGCCAAUCUCAAGUAGCAAUAAAUUUUGCAGCGUGUGCGUCUGUUAAAUGAAAGAUUGCUCUCAUUGGAAAGGUGACGAGAUAAAAACUUAGAGUUUCACAGAUAAAUUAGGAUGGUUGUAAAUGACAGAUUAAUUAUGUUGCACAAAACUCUUUUGGUAUAUACAAAUCACUUGAACAUAUUUUAUAUUAGGACUGAACAGAUUUAAUUAUGGUAGAGUAGUUAUUUUUGUAAGGCUUCCUGCGUGUCUAAACGCUGGCUGUCGACUGGGAUCUGAUGGGUGUACAUAAAGAUACUGGCCUAC